AUGCCGCUCUUCGCAACUUUCCUAGCCGUCUCCCUAGUCAGCCUCUACACAGCAGGUUUCGCCACAAUAAUCAUCUGCGAUAACAACGAUAUGCAAACCUCCAAACAGGAGGAGAAAAUUGAGGAACUCCUCGAGAAGAGAGAAGAUGAGAACGAGGUACUUGACGAGAAGAGAAGAGAAGAUUUCAGCCCUGAGGUACUACGAACCCCCGACCCCUUUCUUGUGUUACUCAAGCUUGAUAAGAGCCUUUUGCGCUAG